AUGUAUCUGGGAUUCAGGAAAUUCAGAUACGGCAUCACUUCUCGUAUUCCUGAAGAACGUGACGUCAUCACGGUGCGCCUGCUUGCCUGCACUUGGGUUGCACUACUCACGAAGAGGGGAGGUGAUGUCGUGGAGGAAACUCUCUAUGCUAAUGUUACUAAGGACAUCGUUAUUCUGGAAUUUCAACGAUCGGAUGGAACUCUAGUAACACAACUCUCAGAUUUCACAAAUGAGGUUCUUGUGCUACGUGCAUUAGUACUGGGAGAGGAAGAGAGGGGUCAAAACCAAUAUCAAGUCCUCUGUUUCAUCCUAGCUGAUCAAACAUCUGAUUUGAUUCCAUCAGAAGCUAUAUCAAAAUUAAGACAGAAAAAUCCAGGUGCAUUGAGGGUACCAGAAGAGGAUAGGGGAAAAGAGGCUUUUGACUUCAACCUCCAGAUGUCACCAUCUGAAGGAGGAAUGCUCUCACCUUUGCUAGAGGACUUUUGCAGUGAAGCUCAGCAUUCAACGUAUCUCAGAGAACAGGACUGGAUUGGUUGGCAGGAGCAAAGAGCCCACAAUGAGAUGCUGGAGAUGCCCACUGUUUUAAACCACUUUCUGAAUGAGACUCCACCAAGAUGUGAUGGAGUUAAAGACUGGAGCCAGCCCUGUGUAUGCCAUUUCUAUGUUCAAAUUCCAUGGUAUCCAUGUGGACUCAAGUACUGUCAGGGCAAAGACAGUUCAGGAAAGGUUCAAAGCUACCGAUGUGGAAUUCGAACUUGCAAGCGAACCUAUGCUUUUACAUAUGGAGUUUUCCAGAAGCAGCAGUGCCUGUGGGAUGAAUGACCACAUGAAAAGCCUUCCCUCCUCAGUUUGCAUUCUCAUGUGUGAUGUGUUCCAUUAUGUCAUAACAUUGGUGCUCUAAAUGUCAGUUUGUGAGAUCGUGCCUUUUUACUUUCCUUUGUUACUUUUGCAAUUGUCUUUCUUCCAAGGCCUAGGCAUUUGGUGAGAUAGGGAAAAGGCCUGAUUUCUUUUUUUUUUGCCUUUGCUCAAGAUGAUACUUACAUCAAAUAAGGUGACAAAGCCCUGAAAAUACUGCUUGGCUUGUAGUAAGUUGGAGGAAAAUCUUUUCCGAAUGAAUUUUUAGCUUGCAUGAUUCUUGAAGUGAGAUGCUUUUCUCCCCUGCCAAUUGAUGUGAUGAAUGUACAGCAUACUCUUUAAAAAAAAAUGUAUACAUGAAUCAUGAUAAACACAUUGUAGUUUGGGUAUGUAAACAGCACCUUGUGCAGUUAAAGCUUGAAUGAGCAAGAGGGGAAUCCUGGUACCAAAGUUUCUCAUGGCAUAUGUCCAUUCAGAAGGUUGUUUCUGCUGCAGAAGGCACUAUAUGGUUGCCUAUGAAGCAUUUGCGAUCGUUGUACCUACCUGGUAUGUGAUAAAUAGUCCCAGACUUGGUGACAAUGUUGUGCCAUUCCCUGGAAGUCGAUGUGUGCCUCUUUGUCUCAUGGGCCAGUUUCAUGCUUUCUUUUUGUCCACCUUGUCUCUGGGUUUUGGACCAAUCGUGAAUGAAGGAAUUUUUAAAAUAAAAAUAUGUCAUGCAUAUUCUAUUGCAAUACUGAUGUGUCCUACAAUUGUUCCUUUCAACCUUUUGUUCUGUUGCCAAUAGUGC